CUGCCCCCUCCGUCCUCGCGCCGGCACCGGCGUCGACCCGCACCCACCUCUGCUACUCAACGGAAAUGCGACGCGGCGCGCUCUCCCUCCGUCCCGCCCGCGCUAUCCCCACGUUGAGGCUCGGCGGCCACCGCGACGCCCGUGGCGCUGUCGUCGUCCGCGCCACUGCGGCAGAGGGAGCCGUGGAGCUGCAGGCCAAGGUGACGAGCAAGUGCUUCUUCGACGUGGAGGUCGGCGGGGAGCCUGCGGGCCGCAUCGUCAUCGGGCUCUUCGGAGAGGUCGUACCUAAGACCGUCGACAACUUCCGUGCGCUCUGCACUGGUGAGAAAGGGUACGGCUACAAGGGCUGCUCCUUCCACCGGAUCAUCAAGGACUUUAUGAUUCAAGGCGGGGACUUCCAGCAAAACAAUGGUACUGGUGGGAGAAGUAUUUAUGGUGAAUGCUUUGAUGAUGAAAAUUUUACACUGAAGCAUGUUGGCCCUGGUGUGCUAAGCAUGGCAAAUGCUGGCCCCAACACAAAUGGAAGUCAAUUUUUCAUUUGCACUGUGAAGACACCGUGGUUGGACAACCGUCACGUCGUGUUUGGACACGUAUUAGAGGGGAUGGACGUGGUGAAGCAGCUUGAAUCGCAAGAGACCAGCAGGUCCGAUACUCCCAAGCAGCCUUGCCGAAUCGUUAACUGUGGCGAGGUCCCCCUGGACAGCUGAGCGAGCGAAAUGCUCUUGGUGAGUUUGAACCUGAGGUACCGCGAAGUCUUCUCUUACGUUAGAGCGUCGACGCCCAUUUGUGGUAGCAUCAUUCGGUCAGUUGAGUUAUGUGUACGUGCCGUGACGGAAGUUUAAUUACUCAGAUGUGGACACAUUACCAGUUAAUAGCAACGAAUUGGCAAGGGACAUCUC